AUGCUAUCGACCCAAGCACCCAAUAUUGCUCAACAUGAGCUUAGUGCCUUUUUCGAGUCUCAUUUCUCAGGCCCGGCUGUGGCCCAUUUUGAGGGCACUUUUGUGAAGCCUUCGGCUGUCGACACCGCUGAUCAUCAGGAAGAUGAUUGGGCAGAAGAAGAGCAAGACGACCUAGGCUACUAUAAUGAUGGCGUCAAGCGGACCUUGACAGAUGCUCAAAUAGAAAUGUUCCGACAUUCGGAACUCAAAACUCUCCGUCGACAGCUUGAGAAGGAUGCCGCAAAAGCAAAGAACCCGACAAGUGGCACAGCUGCUGAGGAUACAGAUGCUCGGACAGACUCGACACGACUGAAGGAGGCAGAUCUGCCAACAAAUUUCAGAAGCAGCAAAAAGCGAAAGAAGACCCGAAAGCCAGCUGAGCCGAAGCCGGAUCUGCGCAAGCGAACGUGGGAUGUGGUCGACAAGGGCUUGGACUCGCUCGAGUACGAUUGA